CAUGACGGAGGAAGCAGACAAAUGUCAUGUAGUGAUGUAUCCGUCACCGGGAAGAGGCCACCUCAUGUCCCUGGUGGAGCUCGCCCAGUCCCUCCUCCGCCACCACUCUUGCCUCUCCGUCACCGUCCUCAUCUCCUCCCCUCCCCACCUCCUCCCUUUCAUCACCCCUUACAUCUCCUCCGUCUCCCCCUCCAUCGCCUUCCGCCACCUGCCCUCCCUCUCCCUCCCCCACUCUCUCUCCUCCACCCCCACCGCCUUCUCUGACGACCCGGCCAUGUACUUUGAAUACGCCCACCUCAACAACCCCAACCUCCACCAAGCCUUGUCUGAGCUGCUCUCCGCCUCCAAUCCCUCACAGAAGCCCAAAGCCCUCGUCGUCGACUUCUUCUAUGGUGCCGGCGCCAAGGUCGCCGCCGCGCUCCACCUCCCUGCGUACUUUUACUUCCCUUCUGGCGCGAACCCUCUCGCGGCGUUUCUCUACUUCCCCACCCUACACAAGCUCACCAACACCAGCUUGAAAGACCAGGACAGCAGCGUCGAUAUCCCGGGCGUACCCCCCAUUCCGGCGAAGCACAUGCCGUCCAGAAUGCUGGACCGCAGUAGCAGAAUCUACGGCCACUUCUUGGAAACGUCGGUGCGGCUGGCGGAAUCUGCCGGGCUCAUAAGCAACACGUUCGAGGCGCUCGAGCCAAGGGCCGUCAAAGCGAUAUUGGAGGGACUGUGCCUGCCGGACGGCCGAACUCCUCCGGUGUACUGCAUUGGGCCGCUCGUGGCGGCCAACGAUCACAUCAGUCAGCGCGAUUGCCUGAGCUGGCUCGACUCGCAACCAAGCGGAAGCGUCUUGUUUAUGACCUUCGGGAGCAUGGGGGUGUUCUCGUCGAAGCAGCUGAGAGAGAUCGCUCACGCGCUGGAGAGGACUGGCGUCAGGUUCUUGUGGGUGGUGCGUAGGCCACCACCGCACGAUGAAAUCUGGGGCAACUUAGCUAUUAAACCAGAAGAUGAUCCAGGCAUGGAUGCGAUCCUUCCGAGUGGCUUCAUGGACAGAACCAAGGACAGAGGGCUGGUGCUGAAGUCGUGGGCCCCGCAGGUGGCAGUGCUGAGCCACGGCUCGGUAGGCGGGUUCGUGAGCCACUGCGGUUGGAACUCAGUGAUGGAGGCGGUGUGCGCCGGUGUGCCCAUGAUAGUCUGGCCGCUCUACGCAGAGCAGAAGCUGAUUAGGGCGUACGUAGCUGGGGAGAUGAAGCUGGUACUGUCGGUGGCCGAGACAGAAGACGGGUUCGUGACGGCGGACGAGUUGGCGGGGCGAAUCACCGAGUUGAUGUGCCCGGAGGAAGGGAGAGCGGUGAGGGAGCGAGUGGCGGAGACGAGGAAUGCGGCGAGGGAGGCGUUGAGCGAGGGAGGGUCGUCGCGGGUGGCGAUGGCAAAGUUGGUGGACUCAUUUAGAAGCGGAAUGGUGCGAGGAGAAGAGUAACCAUGGCACAAUCUACUAUUCUUGGAACAUCGAC